UUACGUCACAAGUGGAUGUGGGCAUGCGUGAGGACGAACGUCAACCCCGUGUCUUUAUGAAAGGCAAAAUCCCUCUGUGAGCAGCAGCUAUCUAAGGAACCGGUUGGUGUAGGAUAAGAAGAAGCUCGUCUCGGAAGAACCGGGCUAGAAGACGGUCUGAUCUGUUCACCGCAGUCCGCCCAGCGUUGGUUAUCCUUCGGCUACAAGCUAGCUGCAGCCUCCGCCUCCUCACCGUGCAACAACACACACCACGGGGACGAGCCGACGGACGUAACGUUAGCCGAGAAGGGAAGUGGGCUCCGGCUUCUCUUUCAUCAGGCAGAUGCUCCCAGCCGCCCAGCUUGACAGGAGUGAUGGGAUGUGUCAGCUAGCAGAUGAGGCAGUCCUCUGCGAUGUAAUCGGACUGAAGGAUUCAUCUACUGCAUUCACACCGGAGCGAGACAAAAGAGGGACAGAGGAGGAGAAGGACACGAGGAUGGGUGUGGGACAGAACACCACUUCUAAGUCCAUGGACAGCAGCAGUGAGGGAGGAAAACUUGAAGAGGAGAGCAAGCAUGGCACAGAUUUCUACCCUAUUCCGGUGGUGGUUAACGGCGUGGGCGGGGCCAGUGGAGACCAGGAUACUGAGAACACAGAGCUGAUGGCCAUCUACACUAAAGAUAAUCAAGGAGCAGAGAAGAGUUCAAUGUCUGAGACGUUGGAAAGCACAGACAGUGUUGACGCACGGAGGAUGGAUAUGAUCUAUACCAUUGAAGACACCCCACCCUGGUACCUGUGUGUGUUCUUAGGCUUACAGCACUACCUGACAUGUUUCAGUGGAACCAUCGCCGUGCCGUUUCUCCUGGCUGAUGCGAUGUGCGUGGGCUUCGAUCAGUGGGCCAUCAGCCAGCUCAUUGGGACCAUCUUCUUCUGCGUGGGGAUCACCACCCUGCUUCAGACUACACUGGGCUGCAGGUUGCCUUUGUUUCAGGCCAGUGCUUUUGCCUUCCUUGCACCAGCCAGAGCAAUCCUGUCACUGGACAAAUGGAAGUGUAAUAACACAGGAGAGGUUCCACUAUUCAACAGCACAGAGCUUCUGAACACAGAGCACAUCUGGCACCCCAGGAUACGAGAGAUCCAAGGGGCUAUCAUCGUGUCAUCUUUGAUCGAGGUGUGUAUCGGAGCGCUGGGUCUGCCUGGGCUCCUGCUGAGAUUCAUCGGACCUCUGACCAUCACCCCGACCGUGACGCUCAUCGGCCUGUCUGGGUUCCAGGCUGCGGGGGAGAGGGCCGGAAAACACUGGGGCAUCGCUAUGCUGACUAUCUUCUUGGUGCUGCUCUUCUCUCAAUAUGCCAGAAAUGUUCACUUCCCUCUGCCAGUCUACAAGCACAAGAAAGGCUGGACUUUCUACAGGCUGCAGGUCUUCAAAAUGUUCCCUAUCAUAAUGGCCAUCCUCGUGUCAUGGCUGCUGUGUUUCAUUUUCACUGUGACGGACGUUUUCCCGCCGGAAGUAGACAAAUACGGUUACCAAGCCCGCACAGACGCGCGUCAAGGAAUCGUCCAAGCCGCCCCGUGGUUUAAGAUACCGUACCCAUUCCAGUGGGGCUUCCCGACAGUAACGGCUGCAGGUGUGAUCGGCAUGAUGAGUGCUGUGGUGGCCAGCAUCAUCGAAUCCAUCGGAGAUUACUACGCCUGCGCACGUCUCUCCUGUGCUCCUCCACCCCCCAUCCACGCCAUCAAUAGGGGGAUAUUUGUGGAGGGGAUCUCCUGUGUGCUGGAUGGUGUUUUCGGGACAGGAAAUGGCUCCACCUCCUCCAGUCCGAAUAUAGGUGUUCUUGGAAUCACAAAGGUGGGCAGCAGACGUGUGAUUCAGUAUGGAGCUGCCAUGAUGGUGCUGCUGGGGCUCGUGGGUAAAUUCAGCGCCCUGUUUGCCUCCCUGCCCGACCCCGUCCUGGGAGCUCUGUUCUGCACCCUGUUUGGGAUGAUCACAGCCGUGGGACUCUCCAACCUGCAGUUUGUUGACCUCAACUCCUCCAGGAACCUCUUUGUUCUCGGCUUCUCCAUCUUCUUCGGCCUGACGCUUCCCAGCUACCUCAAAGAGAACCCAUUGGUCACCGGAAUAGUUGGCGUAGAUCAAGUGUUGAACGUGCUCCUCACCACUGCCAUGUUUGUCGGAGGCUCUGUAGCCUUCGUUUUGGACAAUACCAUACCUGGCACCGCUGAAGAGCGAGGCAUCAAGAAGUUGAAGCGUGGCACUGGUGUCAGCACAGCAGAGCUGGAAGGGAUGAGAUCGUAUGAUCUGCCAGUUGGGAUGGACUUUCUCCGCAGACACCCGGUCUUCAAGUACUUCCCCAUCAGCCCCACCUUCCAAGGCUACCAGUGGGGGAAGCUACAGGGAGCCUGCAGGCGCAGAAAGGGACAUGGGGAUGCAGUGAAGGGGGGAGGGGAGGGAGGCGCAGCUCCAGGGGAGAGUGGGGUAUAGCCAACAGGCUGGGGCCACAACAUCCAAAAUGUGGCUGAAGUUGGGGAGCAAGGGAUGGUACAAUAAGGUAAAUGGAUGGGAGAGUACAGGACUGAACGAUGCAGGAUUCGGGACUGUGUGUGAUGCACAAUCCCCCCCCCCACCCCCAGUAUGUGUUUUCUUUAGCUCGUGCCAGUCUUUUCCCACUUACCACUAUGCUAUUUAAAGCAUGCUAUAGCAAGUCACAGCAUGCUAUAAAAUAUGUCACCAAUGCAGAGGUUAGUUGGUGUGUGUGCAUGUGUGUUUGCAUUAAGAGAAAAACUUCUUUGUGCAUUAUUUUAAUUGCACUAUAAUCCAGGAGGAGACAGGUGGACAUCAAACAUUCAUGCUGAAUGUUUGGAUCAUUACUUGCUAAUUUAACAACAUUAUAAAACAUAUUUUACCGAAAACUCAGUAGAUUAUGUCAAUCGAGGAUUAUGCAAAAUUCCUGGUAUGGAUCAUCCGCCUCUUAACUUGUUAUGCUGCCUCAUUAGAGACACAUACACACACAUGUGCUCACACACCUUCAGCCUCAACAAAACUAGCUUGAGCGCUACAAUGCACGUUGGGUCAUACAGAUUGAUGGGAGUUGUUUGUCAGGUGCCCUUAGCCAUGCAAAGUGAUUGUGAGUUUUUUAUUUUUGCACUAUCUGCCUCCUGAGUUCAAAAGCAGAAUGUCUCUCCGCAGCUCAUGCCCCCGUUUCUUCAGCUAAACCGAAGAACCGGUUCUGAACCUAAAAAGCUCUAGCACGGAGCUUGAACCAGAGUUGCGUUGGUGUGAAUGAGGUAUCAGAGACCUGUUCAGCACACAAAACAUCCACUCAUCUCGCGGUAAAGAAACUCGCAUCCCCCAUUUCUCUGAAGCAGUAGACGCUUCAGUUUUAUCUUCACAAAACCAGUUUACAUCUCUUGACAAUGUGUCAAUAUUAUGCAUCAGUAACUAAAAUGACUUUUCACACUUACAAAACAAAUCCUUUUUGUAUUACAAAACUACAAAACAAGCUCUACCCUUAAAUAGUACCCCACCGACACUUUCCAAACCCACUUUACAUACAGUAAGCCUGUACAUGAUUGUACUAGGAAGUAAAGGUGGUGGUUUUGUCUGGAUAUGGAGUAUUUUCAAAUAACAGAGGGGUUUGGGAGAGUUUAAUGUUAUUGCAGUUUGAUGAUUAUUAAUUUCCCUACAUUCCUCCUCUUCCUAUCUGCGCUCCCUCGCAUGCCUCCCACUUUUAUCCCUCUUUAAUUAACUGCUGAUGUUUGUCUCUGUCUGUUGUAGUUCAGGUUGUGGCGGUACAUUUAGCUGAGUAAAGUUUAAUGAGUAAAGUUUCAGAGCAUCAGCAGCCUGUUACUUAUUAGGCCUGAAGAGCUUGUCUCUAAUUCGACACUUUGUGCCUUUUGUGUUUUUAAUUGGAAAAACAGCGAUUUUAAAAAUGCCAUUAAAUAUUUUGCAGAGAUAUAAUCUUGGUAAAUGAUGAAACAAGUAUUUGAAUGAGAAAAACGACAGCUAAUACACUAAAUAUUUAGUUUUCUACUAAACCUAAAAGCUCUUUAUUUUUUAUUUCAUCUGAUUGCGUGUUUCCCACAUAGCAACACUUCUUUUACAAGUAUUGGCUUUUUAUUGCUAUUUAGAAACUUAAAAACAUCUCUUCCCAAAUGUCCUCACUUUUUUUAUCUACGACGUUAAAGCUAUUUAUUUAUUUAUGAGCAGAAAGUGGAUGUUUAGAGAUUACCUGAAGCAGUUUUCUGUUACAAAAUGUUGAAAGUAUAUUUAUUAAUCUACUUGUUCAUGCCCCCUAAAGAUCGGUGUGAUGGCGAUGGACCACCCUCAGCUACAGGCGUGUGUUUAGAAACUCACAGCUGGCGUCAGCAUUUCUUUCUAAAAAUGGUUCCUAAUAUAAGCUGCUUCUAUUUCAUUCCAUUUAUAUCAUGAUGUUUUAAAAAAUAGAAAAACACUUAAAUGUUACAACUGGAUAGCUUAGUCAAGCUUCAUUAUCAAUGCCUUUUUGCUACAAGUACUGUUUGCACAUGUAAUGGUGCCAACAAGAUCAGGGUGUCAGAGUGAGAAACGCUAAAAUGUCAAAAGUAUAAGUAUGAACGUUGUUUUGUUUAAUGACCUGAAAUCAAGGGGCUGAUUGUGAUUGAACAGUUUUAGACCUUUGUCUAGAACAGCAUGGUUAGCUGUGGCCCCAGUUAUGACUUCGACACCUACAACAAUACUAUUCUUGUGAUUCGAUCGCAAAAAGAAUCAAAACAUUAAAUUGGGUCUUUAAAGAUAUUUAGUGAUCUUGUAAAUGUCUUGUGCCGCUGGGUAUAAUUAAAAUGUUUGCUCAGGACCAAGUUAAAAUCUUAUAUUUCCACAGGCUGUGAUGCUCCUCCUUGCUCUACUACUUUGCUAGAUAACAUUGAACUAGCCUGUAGAACUAUGAAAUCGAGGCUGUCAAAAUGUGUUUGACUUUUAAUCACAUACAUUGUUUUCAAAUUUAAAUAUACUUUAUAAAGAAAUCUUGCAAAUCUAGUGUACAUUCAGGCCGUACCAACGUACACAAAUUCAACAUACUAUGCAGUUGGAACGCCCUACAUAGUCAUUUUAUGUAAUACUUAGUGUGAAUAUAUUAGAAUAUAUAUUUGUAUGCAUUUUGAACACAGCCUAAAGUCCAGACACUACAGGGGCACCAUUUUUCAGGUGUAUGUAGUUUAAGUUAGAAAAUGGUGGUAAUAAUUGCUGAAAUUCAGGUCACAAACUGAUGGCUUGCAGUCUGUGGAAAUGUUUGAUUUAAAUGUUGAUCUCAUGGCGGAGAAAGAAAAGACUCGUCAGGUCACAAAGUAGGCUUGACAACCCGCUACUGAUGUGUGCAGAAACUGAAAAUCUAAAACCUCACGGUCAUCAUCUUAAUAUGUGCUGUGGAGAUGAUGUUCACGUGAGAGGUCAGAGAGGAGACCCCUCAUCCUAAUGCUUCUUCUUUUACAGAGGAGAGCAAUUGAGGUGAUUUGACUUUUUCAGCACACCUUGCAGUGAUUCUGUAGAUCAUGGCAUGCACAGAUAAAAAUCACAUGCACAAUGUGUCACUUUGUUUUCUGGGUCAAAUGUUCCUCUCCACACUCACAUACAAACUCUGUUUAACUCCUCAGUCCUGCAGUGUACUGGUGUCCUCUUAUGUUUACUGUACCUGGUUUUCUCCCAGGAACUCUUACUGUUAAUGUUACUGGGUGCAGGACACCGGCUGGCCACCUUAUUAAGACUCUGUUGGUUGUUGUGAGUGAACCUGCCUUAUCACCUAACAGCAAAAUGUAUUUUUGCCCACAGGCAGCUUCCUCUUGUUUUUAGCUUUUACCCUCCAGUUUGUAUUGUACUUUCUUAUUGAUCACAUAGUUGUUACAGUUAGAGUGAAAACUCUUUGGAUUUCACAAGCACAUACUCUCUUGUCCUUGAAUCACACACGAGUUAGAAUAACCAGCAGCUCUUAGGAUGGUGGCCAUAAGGUGAAAAACACAAAGAAAUCUAUCCCUUUCAGUUAUUUUGAAGGGGGUGCUACCUUAAGAAUAUACUUGUGUAAAAGUGUUUUGUCUUUUUCAAUGUUUUUUUUUUUUUUUUUUAAUGUCAAAUAUUUGUAAGAAACAAAUCAUACUUUUUUAAUCUUAAAUCAUGCUGGAAAACGCACCAUUAUGUUGUACUUUUUAUUUGAAAAGUAAAUACAUGUCGAUCCUAUUUUGAAUCUGUGGUUUGGUGGAAUCCUUUCUUGUGUUUUUGUUUGGACCUUUUCAUAACGCAUUUUUUACUCUUAACAUUGCUUUCUGUUCAUGUUAACACAUUACCAGUGUAUAUAUAUAUAUAUAUAUAAAAUAACAAGAUGAGACUUUAAAUAGAUGUAAAAACAUGUAUAUUUAAUGCAGUAAAGUUUGCUAAACCUUCUGGAAGAGAAAUUGUGUAAACUAAUUGUAACAACAAAAUGUUUUAUUCGUUGUUCCUAAAUCUAUUUAAUAAGAUGUUGCUGAAUGAAUGCAGUCUUUUGUCUUUUUUGCAAUUAAACUCAAAUAUGUCAGUUCUGUGACGGUUAGAAAUGCAUUUUAAAUACCAGUACAGCAUUUCUAUAGAAUACAGUGUAACCCUGUUAAAGGACAUGAUUCAGGUAGCAAAGCCUUUUUUUAUUUAGAUACAAAUAUAGAAGAAUGUACCCUUAAAUAAUACAAGUAAUAUUGUACAGUUGGAGAUAAAAAAUUAUUGCAAUU